AUGAACGCGGUCAACAAUUUGUACAACGAGCUGUUCAUUAAACGAGCCUACAAUCGCUACGUGACCCCGAUAUACCAGAAGUCUUCGGGGGAAUGGCAGUGCAAAUUCGAUGGAGUCGACAAUAUUUUCGUCGCCUCCGAAGCUCUCUGGAUCCCGGACACGCAAAUCGGAAAUGCAAGAACUCUCGAUUCGGUGAAGGCGGAGGCGGUGAAAGUUGUGCAAAUCUUCAGCAAUGGCACCGUUUAUUUUCCCGUUUUUUAUUACGCUGAAGUCGCCUGUCCAAUCAUUAUAAACACUUUUCCUUUCGACAAGCAAAUAUGCCCAAUCAUGGUCAUGUCGUUAGCCUUUGAUGCCAGCCAUGCAAAAGUUAUUGCCCGAGGAGUUCUCAAGACUGACGAAAGAGAUGACCACGGAAACGGUGAGUGGGAUGUGACGAAUAUCACGACGAUUAACGUGAAUCAAGGUGGAAGUGAAUAUAUAGGCUAUGUGCUGAGCAUUCGUCGAGUUCCCAACUUCUAUGUCUAUGUGAUCGCGCUGCCGUGUUUCAUUCUGACCGCUUUGUCAGUGGUUGGGAUGUUCUGGACCCCGAACAUCAAAAAAGAGCAACUAGUUAAGUUAACCAUCGGUCUGACAAGUCUCGUCUCGAUGACAGUGCUGUUGGAUAUGCUCUCGGAUGCCAUUCCUAAAACUUCUGUUUUUCCGUUAUUAGGUAUUUAUGUGGUUGUCUGUGUUGGGAUCACCUCAAUAUCCUCCGUUAUCAUCACUCUUCACUGUUUACCGAAUCCGAAAAUGAAAGAGGAAAAAUUGCCGACAAAAUGCAAAUUAAGUGAACCGGUCGUCAAACCGGAUCUUUUAUUGAAAUUGAAUGAAACAAUU